AUGGACGCUUUCGAGGCGCGUCUGCAGUUUCUGCAGGUCAUCAAAAACCUGCACAAAACCCUCAACGCGGCCAAGGACAACUCGCCGCUGUCGGGCGCCAGCCAACAGCAGAACGACCCGGUCCAGUUCUACCUUCGACACUACGAGCACCACUACGAGGACUUUCAGCAGUGCCUGCUGGAUUCGGCACAGAAGAUGGACUCUUUGGACAGGCUCAACGUACUGAUAUACUGGAGCCGCUUGGUGUCGAUGUUGUGGCCUCGCUGCAGAAAGGAGCUUGACGGCGAGCAAAACACCGCGAGCAAAGUCGUGUACAACCAUCUGCUGGGCCAGCUCGACCAGAUAUUCGCGCUGGUGCUUCCCGCAGAGGAUUGGAAGUCUUUGACCAACCUGAAAGUUUGCGUGGACAUCUUCGUGUUUCUGAACAGGCUCUGCCAGGUGCUCGAGUCUCCAUCCGAGGAGCCUCUGCUGUUCUGUGGUGGCCAGGAACUGCUGCAAAGCCUGGGGACCUCGUACAGUUCUCCGCUACCAGAGGCCGCGGCCGAGCUGCCAUGGUUUCGGCCCCAGGGCUUCCCAAAAGACUACAAGCAAGCGCUUUCUGAUACCCUCACAUUACUCAUAGACCGCAGAAAACACGCGGCCUUCCUCCAGGAAGUCUACCGUGUCAAUGGCGUAUGUGCCAUUCCUACAAGUACCACUAACAGCACCAUACUGCAUCGCAUGGAAAGCGAUCGCGAGCGACACAAAAAGUCCAAAGAGCACAUGUGGUUUACUGAAAGAGACUUCAUGCUCGAUCCCCGCGAGUUCGACCUCCUUUGGGGGUCACUCGAUGGGAUGUCUAAGAAUGACUUUGCUGACGUUCGGGACAUUAAUAACAUCGCUCAAAAUAGCUACAUGUAUAAUUAA